AUGCCUGAACGCCGCCAUAGAGAAAUCUCGCUAGACGAAGUUGAUAUGGACGGCCCAGCACUUGUUCAUGUCGAUACCGGAGGAGGUGGCUAUGCAUCCUUCAAUUCAGCCGGCCACGCCCAUGACCAAGACGACGACAAUCCCACCGACAAUGCUCCACCGCUCUUUAGCAAAUAUGGAGAUUUCCACACAAUCGACUGGCAACGCGAUCUUGCUAGAGAUCGCUUACGGCACAAACUCAUUGUUGGUAAAAGAGCUGAUUUUCCGCUUGGUAUAAUCCAAAGUGCAUGGGAUGCAGGAGCAGGAUGGAUAUGCGUUUUGAUGGUGGGCCUUGCGGCCGGAGCCACUGCCGGUGUUAUAGAUAUCGGCGCGCGAUGGAUG